AUGCAUCCCAACACCUCGUGUGGUUUGUUCCUGGUGGAGUGGUGUUCUUCUUUUGAGAACCCACCAGCAUGGAUUCCCCCCUCAAAGCGGAUUCACCACCCCAAUAUACCAACACUGAACAAGGACCUCACCCAGUUCCUUCCGCGCACCAUCGUCUUGAACAAACCUCCAGGAACACAGCAUGGCUUCAACAGCCGCGGCGGGAAGCCAUCGCAGUCGGGAGUCUUUAUCUACAAGGUGGUUCCAGACUCUGACGCCCACCAUGCCGGACGACAGGAAGUAGACCAGGUUCUUUCAGUCAAGGAUGUCCAUUUCCAAGACAUAGAACAUUCCAGAACGAAGGAGCAGCUGAUUGUGCACGCCCCGUGA